AAACUCAAAUGUAGAUCAGAUCGGUGAUUGAUCAGAUCGGCGGCGAUGGAUGGUGGCGACGAUAUGGAUUCCCUGUUCGAAGGGAUGGAGCUUUUUACACCGGCGUCUCAGUUCUCCGGUGACAGCAAGGUAAGCUCACCGCCUCAAUCUGAAGAAACCAAGGCGGCGGAGGCGACACUGAUCACGGCUCCUUCUCAACCAGAUGUGACGGAGGCGACACUGAUCACGGCUACUUCUCAGCCAGAUAUUACGGAGGCUUUGGACGAGAAUCUGUUUUCAGACUUAACGAUUGUGACUCCGGUUCAACACCAACCUGAGCCGAUGGAGGCAGUUAUCACUACUCAUCAAUCUCCGGCGAAGAAUUAUGGACGUCAGGUGUCACGGAGGAAGAAGAGAGCGGCUGGAUUAAGAAUUGGAUACGGUAGGCACGAAACCAACAAUCUCGACGAAGACGAAGAUGAUGCCGUUAGUCAACAAUCCGAUUCCGUUAGUCAAGUAUCAGAUUCAGUUAGUCAAAUAUCUGAUUCCGUCGCGCAAGUGUUUGAUUCCGGUAAUCAAUCUUUAGACUCUCCUGUUGUUACUGUGGUUGUUGGUAAUGGUAGCUCAAGGUUGGAGUUAGUUAAGGCUCAGAUCGAAGCGAAGCUAAAUCGUUCUCGUGAUUUGGCUGCUUCGGUUACUUCUGCUCGUAAGAAUGCGAUUAGGAAGAAAAGGCAAGCAUCUGAGAAUCUCAGAUUAGCUUCUACGACGCACGAAGAGCUCGAGAAGCAGCUUGAGGAAGCGAUCGAGACAGAGGAUUUCGAUGCGGCUGAGAGGAUUAGCGAAAGCCUCGCUGCUAAGGAAAGAGAUAGGCUAGCAUUGUUGGCAUUGCUUCGCCAAGCGGAAUCUGAUUGCGAUGCUAUUGAGUCGAAAAUGGAAGAGGUUCUUCUUUCUCAGAUUGCAGCUGAAGAAGAAUCUGCCUGUCUGCUUCGUAGUUUUGGCACGGAUGCUGAGAAUGAUGCUGGAUCGAUUCUGGAGAAAGCAGAAGCUUUUUAUUCAGAUGAAAUGGAGAAAUGGCAUUCAUGUUCUGAAGAUGUUGAGGUUAGAAAAGUCGAAUUGGAUAUAGAAUCUGUUGUUGUUGAUAACGUUCGGUUGUCGUUGAAUGGUAUUCUUGAGGGAUCUGUUGAACAAGAUAUGAAAGAGAAGGAGAUACUGCAGAAGAAGAAAGAACAUUUGGCAAAUGAACUUGAGGAGCUGCUUGCUUUGGUGAAGGCAAAGGAGAAGGAGAUUGACGAGAACGAUUCGCAAAUAGAGGCAGUUGAGGAAAGAAUUAACAAUGUGGUGACUGGCUUCAAGGAAUUGCAAACAAGUAUGGAUAAAAUGUUAAACGAUGUGCAAGCUGGUCUCACUGAGGUUGACAAGGAAACUGAAGAUUUAUCAAGGAAGAAGAAAGACGUGGACGAGUUCAUGACAUCUGAGAAGGAGAGAGGAGCCAAACUUCGUGAUCUUGCCCGUGUUUCAGCGGAUGAAGCUUGUGAAUAUGAGGAAGUUAUUAAAUUGCGGAAAGGUUUGAUGUCAUAUGUGUCUAAAACUAGAGAAGAGAGAGCUAAGCUUGUAAAUAUCGAAGAGAAGCUUUCUGAGGAAGUACAGAAGCUACAAGAGGAGGUUUCCAGUACCCGAGAGUUACUUAAGGAGCGAUCUUCUAAAAAGUCGAUCAUCCAACAGAACAUUACAUCUUUCAUGGAUAAAAUUAUGUUCAUAGAGAAAAGGAUGCCGGAGCUUGAAGCAGAGAAGAAAGUGGCUGCAUCAACGAGAAAUUUUAAAGAAGCUGGAAGAAUAGCUGCAGAAGCCAAGUCUUUAAAUUUAGAAAAGGAUAAGACACAGAUGGAAACAGGAAAAGCUAACGCUGAGCUCGAAAAAGCAGAGCAUGAGAUUGAAGAAACCAUCAAGAGGCUACAAGAGAUAGAGAAGUUGAUUUUGUCGAAAGAAAAAGAAUUGGCUAUUAGUAGAUUCCAGAGGUUGCGGAUUGACAGUGGAACUGCAAAAGCUGAGAGAUCAGCUGCUCUGGAACUGAGCGACCUUGAAGAAGCUAAUCUUCUACUUGAGGAAGCGCAAGAAGCAGAAUCCGAGGCAGAGAAGCUUAAACUCACAGGCGGUCUCAAAGAAGAGGAAGAGGAAGAAGAGAAAGCAAAAUCUAAUGAAGUUUUUGUCUCGAUGGAACUCAUAGCCACCGUUGGUCUGAAAAAAUUACAAGAACUGGUGGAAUCUGUUCCAUCUUAACUCUGAAACUGCUUCAGGUUCAAUCCUAGGGACUACAGGAAUGUCCUGAAUCAUCAAGGAAAAGAACCGAAUGGUUGGUUUUGUAAAUCUAUCAACAACAUUAAGCUCCAUAACGCAGUCCACGUAUAUGGUUUUUGUUUGGUUGUUUUUGGGAUCCAUGUGUUGAUCGAUUUGGUUGUUCAAAGAAAAGAGAGAAAGCUUAUUCUAUUCAAAAUGUUACGAGGAUAGAAACACCAGGAACUUUUUUUUGUUGGAAUAUACUUUCUUUGUUUCUCUGUUUACUUUAGAUCAAACUGUUGAUUUGGUAGGUAAACAUUGUUGUCUUACUAGUCAUUGUAAUUUAAAAAUUGUAAACUUGGCUCGUUAUGGCAAUUCUGUUUUGAAUUUUUAUUUGUAUUGGACUUGAGUAGUCUUAUGACACCUCUCCGUCGAAAUGUCUGGCUCUCGCUGUAAGUAACAAAGUGGGAUGUUCUUGGAUGCUAUGAUUUUACAUAGAGAAGUUGAAGA